CAUUGGGGAUAGACGCACGUGUGUAGAAUUAAAGGAGGUAGCAUUUUCCGAACUCAUCGUAGCUUCAUUCGUUCUUGGCUUGGGCGCGCUCCUCAUUUCAGAAAUCCUUCGGCUGUGAACCUUUUGGGUUGACAUAAUGUGCUUGGUCAGUCGAGGCUGAAAUCAAUUUACCUCUUAAUAUUCCAUGCUAGAACCUAGCGCCCUGGAGGAGGCAGUCAAUUUCAAUUAUGGAUCGACUGGAUGAUGUGUGCAAGACGUACUCCAAACUAAUAAGAGGAUCUUUAAGAUGGGCCUUCCGCUAAAUUCCCUACAUGCACCAUUGCACUCUUUGUUUUUAUUUACACAAAAAAGUCUCGUCCUUCAAAUAACUUACAUUAUUCAUAUACACCAACACUGAGACUCUCUCUCUCUCUCUCUCUCUCUCUCUCUCUCACAACACAAAUGGAUGCAAAGUUUCUUCUUCAUACCAGCAGCCCUUUCUCGUCUUUCGCUCACCGGAGGUACACAUGCAAGCCGCCGGUACGUUCCCCGCCUAUUCUUGCCGUGCUCACAACCCCAGCGGAAACCAUAACCCAAGAAGCGACAAAGACGACUAGCGUGAUCUAUAACGAUAACUGGUUCGAUCAACUUGCCAUUAACCAUCUAUCGCGGAGUGUUCAAGCGGCAUCAGGAUUGAGGAGCAGCAAGAGUGGCUAUGAGAGCUUGGUGGAGGCAGCUAGAAUAGCAUCGCAGAAAUUUAAUCCGAUUCAACAACGUGAAAUCGUCAUUCAAGCCCUUCAGAUAGCCUUUCCAAGGCCAAUCCUUUCUUUGAUAAAGACAGUGCUACCGCAAUCUAAAUUGGCAAGGGAAUAUUUUGCCGCCUUCACCACUGUGUUUUUUGCUUGGUUAGUCGGACCAUGCGAGGUGAGGGAAUCGGAGCUCAACGGAAGAAGAGAAAUGAAUGUAGUCCACAUAAAAAAAUGCAGGUUUUUGGAGGAGAGCAAUUGUGUAGGAAUGUGCACAAAUCUGUGUAAGAUGCCAUCCCAAAUCUUUGUCAAGGACUCCCUAGGAAUGCCAGUCAACAUGGUCCCUAAUUUUGAGGACAUGAGCUGCGAGAUGAUAUUCGGCCAGGAUCCUCCAGCUUCGUCAGAUGAUCCAGCAUUCAAGCAACCAUGCUACAAAUUAUGCAAAGCAAACGUGAAACACAGCAUCAAGUGCUCCCCGGCCAGUUAAUUAGGGCACUUUAAGGAAUAGAUCCUUCUAUUUCUCACAGCUGAUUGCCAUUCUUUCCACUGUUCUAUCUAUACAUGCAUGCUAUAUAUAUAUAUAUAUAUGACUUUUUAUAGUUUUUAUUUGAAAUUUGGAGAAAUGCUAUUUAUACAUCAUUCUAUCCAUUCCA